CUCUCUCUCACACACACAGUUCCCCCCUUCAGUAUCCCUCAAUUUUCUAUCUACACAUCCCUUAAGCUCUUUUCUCUCGCUCUCUCGCCCUGUCUCUACAUGUGUGUGAGUAUAUCUUUCGAGGAAAGGCGGCCGGAUGCCUCGUUAUCUGCAAGAAACAAUAAAAUAUCACAAAACGUUUGGCGUCUAAUGUCUGAGUUACAGCCGUGCGGGUAACACUACCUUGAUUGUCUCAUGCUUUUUCAACUAAAAUCAUUGUCAAUUCGUAAGCUACUGAACAGUGGUGUAGAAAUUUCUAUAAUGUUUUUGGUGUGACGUGACACGGAAAUGGUAUCUAACAACAGUAGACAUUUUUAGACAGCUAGAAGGCGCGUGCAAGCUGAAAAUGGUAGAUUUUUCCAGUGACUGCAACACAUGGGAUAGAGAAAACGAGAGCAGUGCAAACAGGAUGGUGGACAAUGAUCAAGCCACGCAGGAGGAGCACCCGACCCUCCACUCUCUGUGCCAGCGGCAGACGACCCAGUGCUAUGCCAGGGCGCUGUGGCUCUUGGAUGACCCUCGGACGUCACUGGAUGCGCUGGACAAGAACGGCAGGACGCCGCUGCACGUCGCUGUCAUCAACAAGAACGCGAGGAUGGUGGAGCUGCUCCUCGAAAGGGGCGCCGACAAGGAGGUUCCCGACAGAACGUAUCAUUACACGCCUUUAUUUGAGGCGGUUAUCAAGCAAUCAGUCUCGUGUUUGAAUUUACUGCUUGAUGCCGGCGCCAGCGUGAACGCCCGAGACGCCCGCGACAAUUCGGUGCUGCACACGGCGGUGCGCCAGGGCAGCCCCAUGGUCGGCCUGCUGGUGGACAGAGGCGCGUCCGUCGUCUACCACGAUUCCAAGUACGGCCGCACGCCCAUCCAUAUCGCCGCCGAGUUGGGCGCGACGGAUAUCUUGGAGACACUCCUGCAGAAAUGUUCGAAGAGCGCAGACAUUAAGGACAGGAAGGGCAUGACGCCCCUCCACUUCGCCGCCGAGCGAGGCCACUGGAACUGCUGCCAAGUCUUGCUGAGAAACGGGGCCAACCCCUUAGCCAAGAACAGGAGCAACGAGACCGCCCUCCACAUCGCCGUCAGAAACUGCUAUUUUUCCACCAUCCAGAUCCUCCUGGAGCACGAGCACGACCUCAACAACAAGGACAACAACGGAUUCACGCCGCUAAUACGCAUCACGACUUGCAAGAAAUUCGACGCCGAGAGGGUCCUGCAGCUCCUGUUGAGGAGGCGGCCGGACUUGAACGCGACGUGCCCCAACGGAGACACGGCGCUGCACCACGCCGUCAAAGGCGGCAGCCAGGAGAAGUGCCGCAUCCUGGUGGAGGCGGGCGUGGACUGCAACGUGCAGAACAAGCACGGCAUGACGCCCCUCCACGUCGCCGCGAAGAAGAAGCUCCCGGAGUGCUGCGCCGCCAUCCUGCGGCUCCCCUACGACGAGAUCUUCCUGAACUCGACCAGCCUGGACCUCGACGGGCGGGAGAGCCUCAGGGGCGGCGCCGACAGCGAGAGGAGCCGGACCAGCCUCGACGUGAGCACGGAGAGCGUUCGGGACAUGGAGCGCGCCACGAAGACUAAAGUCGACGUCAACAUCAAGGACAACAACGACAUGGCGCCCCUGCACUAUGCCCUGGAGAAGCAGUCGGUGGAAUGCUGCCUCCUGCUCAUCAAGGCUCGCGCCAACAUCUCCCUGAUAAGCAGCGGCAUGAACAGGCCCCUGCACCUAGCGGCAGCGGCUGGGAUGGACCGAGCGUGCAGCCGCCUCCUGGCCAGAGGAGCGUCCGCGAAUGAGGAGAACGACAUGAAGGAGACGCCGCUGCACCUGGCCGCGAAGGCCGGGUCCUUGACCUGCUGCCGCUUGAUCUACAGGAGCGGCGCCAACUGCAAUGCCCUGGACAAGAAUGGCAUGACGGCCCUGCAUCACGCGGCCAAAAUAGGCGCCGAGGACUGCUGCCGCUUUUUCCUUGUGAAGAGGGUGAACAUCCUGCGCGACUCCACCGGAAGGACGCCGCUGCACAUCGCCGCAGCUGAAGGACACUUCAGCUGCUGUGAGCUGCUGCUCACCGCCGAAACCAGCUGGCAACUGGACGUCAUGGACUGCCACGGCUACACGCCCCUUUUCCGCGCCUUCGAGAACAAGUGGGACGACGUGUUCGUUUUCCUCCUGGUGAAGUUUCAGCAUCGAACCCCCAGGGACCAGCAUCGGUCGAGGAAGGACUCGCUGAGAAUCCUCAAGGCCUCGGGAUCAGGCAACCUGAGUCACAGGCUCAGCGUGGCCGAGGAAAGCGUCAGCCAGAAAAACAUGAGCUUCGUCCUCAGUCGCUGCAUUCAGGAAAGACGCAGCAAGGCCGUCGAGGGGAUCGUCAGGAGCGAAUUCUGGGGGGACGCCCUCGCACCCUCCGCCGCCCAGCAAAGCAACCUCCGGCUCCUUAUCAUUCACUAUCCUGAGCUUGCCAAGGUCGUGCUGGACAACUGCGUGCUGAGUCGACCGUCGUGCAAGGUGUUCCUCUUCUACUUCUUGGACGACACGUUCACCGUCCCGAAGAUCGGUGCGUCAACGUUUCCUGUUAACCCGAGAGCCCCGACGCCUAGGAAAAUAAGCACCACCUCCUUCCACUUCUACUCGACGCUCCUCUCGCGGGCGUGGGCAGCGACAAGAGCGAGCUUCAGGGCACGCACCAGGAACGUUCUGGACAAGGCGUGGCAGAGGAACUUGGGCUGCCCGAACGACCCUCCUGGUGCCCCUUUACUCCAGAGGGAUGGUUGGCGGACAGUGCCACCCUCAAGUACGACACGGAGGACGCCUGGAGGAACGAACACCCGCUCAGCCUCAUGGCCAAGUCCGUGCAUGCACAAACGACUAGAUCUCCUGAAACACCCUCUGUGCCAGCGCUUCGUCUCCUACAAGUGGGACAGGUACAUCUGGCGUGUCUUCUAUGCGCUGUUUCUCAUGCCGUUCCUGUUUGUCGUGGCACUGUCUCUCUACGGCACUAUGGCCUAUGACUGGGACUGCGUCUUGCAAGAAUUCAACAUCACCCGAGACCAGCUGUGCAACAUAGAAGAGGAGCAAGGCAAGUGCAACAUCGCGAGGGAAUACACCUUUCGAAACACGUUUGCGGGCGACGAGUGCUUGGUCAAUGGAGACGCGGGGAGAUACGGGCCUAAUAAAGUUCUUGCGAGUCUGAGGGACAACCAAGUCAACCUGAAACUUCUCGAAAAGAUCGUCUGGCUGCUGCUGGUUCUCAAAGUUUGUCUUGAGGCCCAGAAACUCCAUCACCUACGAAGGACAAACCUAGAAAAAUGUUUACAAAUGGCGUGCUACCUGACCUCUGCAGUCUUCUUGUACAACAGGACGGAGUGCUCUCAGGUCACGGGAGUGAAGGAGGACUUGCAGUGGAGUUUUGGUUCGCUGUCCGUGCUCCUGGCGUGGUUCGACCUGAUCUUCAUGCUGGGCACGAUCCCCACCUUCGGCGUCUUCGUCUUCAUGAUCAACGACUUCCUGCGGUUCAUGCUCAAGCUGUUUGUGAUCGUGUUCAUGCAGGUGAUCGCCUUCUCCUUCGCCUUCCACAUGCUCCUGCGCGGGAGGGCCUCCUUCAGGAACCUGCCUUGCGCCAUCAUGAAGAUCGUGACGAUGAUGCUGGGCGAUCUUGGCUACGACGACCUGUUCAACAACACGGAGAGCCCCCUGCCGUACCCGACGGUGAGCAACAUCGUCCUCGUCUACUUCCUCUUCCUCAUGGUCAUCGGCAUGAUCAACAUCCUGACGAACUUCCCGCAAGAGGUUCUGGACAAGGCCAAGAAGCAGACGGAGCUCAUGAAGCUGUCGAGGCCGCUCAACGCCGUCCUGGAGAUGGACUCCAAGUUCCCUCUGCUGCGGAGGAGGUACACCGUCGGCUGGGUGGUGGACGGCCUGCCGAAGGAGGACGAGGUGGACGGCAAACAAGGGAAGGAAGGCGAGGAGGGCAGCGAAAGCGACGAGGACGCCCCCGAACAUCCUCGCUGCUGCCCCUGCAGGAAGGAGCCCUCCGAGAACCUCCUCCUCAAGAUCCUGAACGAGGUCAGCGCCCUCAGCGAGACCCUCGAGGAGAGGAGGUACUUCUCGACUCACCGCCGCUCGUACAGCAACAGGGGAAGCAGGAGCUGAGGACCGCGGCCGCAGCUGCCCAGUCGAGGUGCCUGAGCAGAGCAGAGCACCCGGACGCUAGUGGAGCCAUUCACCGUCGUAGGCUGUUGUUUGUAACCAUGUCCCUGCAUAUAUUACUUGUGUCAAUAAAACCGCUGUGU